UGAUGUCAGGAAUCAAAGUGUCAUAGUUGAGUGCCAGAAAUGGCUGACGUUGACCGAGUGUGUGGCCUCUGCAUGCUAUAAAGCCGUGCCCCUCGUCACACAAAUGUAAACAAGUGACUGUAGACAUCAGACGGGAAAAGAGAAAUAUUUGCAACAAAAUGCGGUAAGCUAAAAUGCAUUCACCUGAAUAUAAAUUCACUUGAACACCCUUUCUGAUUUCCAUUGAGAUCAAUCCGCUAAUGAAAAGAAUCAAAACUAAUUAACACUUAUUUUUAAACUCUUGAAUGAUUCUCUUGUUUUAGCUAUAGGGGAUAUUGAAUGUUUGUUCCCGAUGGGAUUGUUUGAAGGUUUUCUCUGGCUGCGCUCCUCUCUUCUAUGUGUAUUUAUUUGGUCGAUGUGAAGCACACCGAGGAAAGGAUAAAACCGUCGUUGUCAGACCUAACUGCGUACUGCCCUGCUUAUUUUCCAGCUUCAAAGUUUCCCAGCGUGCGAUCAAGACGGAUGAUCGGUGGCACUCGGUCCCCUCAUGUCCCAUGGCAAGCCAUGGUCUACCUGAAUGACAGUUUGCUGGACGGAGGCUAUGCUGGCGGCGCGCUGAUAUCCAGCCAGUGGGUUUUGACAACAGGCAGGAAUCUGUUUGUCAAUAAGACGCGGCAGGGCACUCACAGAAAGGAUCCCAUCAUUCCCAAAGUGUAUCUGGGAAUUUCAAAUCGAUCAGAAGCCACGCCGUCCAAGGAGGUUGCUGUUGAGAGGGUUGUUCUCCACCCAAAUUUCCAAAGCCAGUCGGACUGGGACAAUGAUCUAGCAUUGAUACAGCUGAAGCAUCCCGUGGUUAUGGGGUCGAAGGUGAUCCCCAUCCCUCUGCCGGAAAGCAAGCAUGCCAUCACGGGAGUUUCAGGAGUGAUCACUGGAUGGGGCUACGGCAUUUACUUCACAUACGCUGAAUCGCUCAAACACCUGGUGCUCCCUUUCGUGCCCCGCGCCGAUUGUAAAGCUGAAUAUGAGAAUAGUCAGUACAUGCCAACUGUGGAUGAAAACAUGUUGUGCACAGGACCAACCAUUUAUGGAGAAAAUGUGUGCAUGGGUGAUGCAGGGGGUGCUCUGGUUGUCAAAGAUCCUAAAAGUAGAGAUGUUGUGGCAGUGGGAAUACUCUCUUAUGAUAGGUCCUGUGGACAGCGCAAGUAUGGUGUCUACAUGGAACUUUCCAAAUUUAUGCCCUGGAUCAAUUCGGUCAUUAGGGGGGAUAAACAAGAAUCAUCUGCUCUGCGCAAGAUUGCAAUGACCAAGUUGUACUCGUGGCAGGCAUGAAUUUCCAAGCAUUCCGGGGAAAGAUAAGAUAAGAUAAGAUAAUCCUUUAUUCGUCCCACACUGGGGAAAUUUACAAGCAAGUAAAAAAUACGACCAGUUUCUAUUUAUUUCUUGACUGGUCAUGGAUGUUUUGAAAUCAUUUGAAUAGGCUGAAUUUGAAUAAAUGACAAUUUUGUUGACUCAA